AGUUAAAUCAAGCUCACAGCAGUGCAGCAAGGCCAUGGAGGGCAACCAGCAUAAAGUGGAAGCGAACGUGCUCUUACUUGGAGCGGAAAACGUCGGGAAAUCAGCGCUCACGGUGCGCUUCGUCACCAGAAGAUUCAUUGGUGAAUAUGGUGACAUUGAAUCAAUCUACAGCCACAUUGACAAAAUCGACGGCCGUGAGAUCUCCUUCAACAUCUGGGACUCUCUGUAUCCACAGAACUGCGAGAGCACAGAGUCCGUGAGCGAAAAGCAGCUUCGAUGGGCCGACGGCAUCGUGCUCGUGUACAGCAUCUGCGACCGCUCCAGCUUUGAGGUGGUCCGGCAGCAGGUAGCGCUCAUCCAGAAGCUGACCUCUUCGGCCUCCGUCUCCCCCGUGCCCAUGGUGUUGGUGGGCAACAAGCGGGACCUGCUGCAUCGGCGCGUCGUCUCCAGCGACGAGGGGCGACUCCUGGCGCUCUCGGCGGACUGCGGCUUCUUCGAGAUCUCGGCGGCCGAGACGUACCACGGCGUGCUGCUCGUUUUCCACGGCCUGCUUGACCUCAUCAAGGAGGCCAGGGGCAUCAAGAAGGGAGCGGCCGGUAUUAAGAGCAUCGUGAGGAGCGUGUCGGCUGUCUUCAGCAAGAAGCGGGGAUAAAGACCUGAUGAUAGGUUAGGUUAUGAGCGAAAGUCCGUCUGCGUAGUCCGCAUGACCUGUGGCCAAAGAUGACACUGUUUUCGUGAUCUGAAAACCCUUGAUCUGAUCUGAGACAAACAGGAGCAGGCGUAGGUGUCAGGUUGAGUUUUUGUAAGUUGAUGGCCAGCGUGAAGGUCCUAGGAGGUAUGUCAGGAGACCCUGAUGUCUUCUUUAGAUGUAUCUUAGCAGGAAGCCCUGGUACAGCCAGUACGUUUCUGAUUAAGGACUGAAGCAGACCGGGUGACCUGGAAUACCUGCUGAUCAGUAGGUACAUCAGAAGAAAAUGUGAAGAUGUGAGUUGCUCUAAGAUGUUUAGAACGACUAGUUUUAUGAGAAAAACAGGGUAAAAUUACUUGUUGUACACUGUCCAGUUUUAUCGCAUGUACUGUUGCUGUCUUGUCUACUUCUGUGCACUGACUUGUAGCCCAGAUGCAAUGUACCAUCGAUUAUAGAAAAUAACAAUCUAAUAUAAACAUUGAGUGUUAAUAAAUGGACAAAAUUU